UCACCUCCUCUACACUGGAACAGUCCCUCUAGCUCUUAGAAAAAGAGCUUGAACCUCUACAUCCAGAAGGAGUGGGAGGCAGAGAGAAGACUUAGGGAAAGAUGACAGGGGAAAGACCAGGCUAGCUGAAGCUGCAUCAGAUGCGCUCUGCGGGUGACUGAGGGGCCUGAAAACGCCAUCAUGAGCUCCCAUGUGGGAGCUUCUGGGUUUGAUGGCUCAGGCAGAUUUGGAGAACGUGGAACUGAGGAAGUCAGCGAAGACAACUGUAGCACUGAAACUUUCAACCAGUGUUUAAAGGCAGCGAGACCGAGGCUGAGGAGUGCAGAUCCAGCUGGAGAGGGAAGGUCGAGCACUGUAGACCAACUGGUGAGACCUGCCCUUCCAGGGAGGAAAGCACACAAGAAGACCUGCAGCAAGGACAACAGAGGAAGAUGGAGAGAGGUAAACCAAGACAGGGAUGAGGAGAGACAGAAUGUUGAGCAUGUUGGAGGCAAGGAAAGAAGAAAACAAAGUUCAAGGAAAACUGGAAGAACUGAGACACAUAGAGAUGGAGCCCAGGACAGAAAGAGAAGAGGAAGCCCUGAAAGUUUGUCUAGCAGUAAUUCUGACAUCCAGUUAAACAGCACUUUGGAAGUUGGAGAAGGAUCAAACAACUUGGAGAGAGGACAACCGUGUCCUCAUCACAGUAUUGGCUGCACCCGGACCAUCGCUGCCAAUUUAAACCCCCAAUCUCCCUGGCCAGCGAUGAGGUCCAUGUCUUCUGCUCUCCCACAGCCUCCCAUCCAAACCAGAUCACCUCAAAGACUCUCAUCCAAGACAGCUACAGGAGACCUACACCGCUACUCUUUCAGUUUAUCCAGAGAGCCAGAUCCGUUCUGGGUGGAUGUGACAACAGCGGCAGCAACUGGACGAUCAUCGCAAAGCCAUCCUGCUCAGACACACAUCCCGUCUCUCACCAGCUCGGAGCUAGGAGAAGAAGAAGGGGAGGUGGAGGAUGAGGAAGAAGAGGAGGAUGUGGAAGAUGGUGAGGAAGGAGGCAGUGGUGUGAUGGAGGUGAUGAGUCAAACCAUGACCUCAGCAGUGGUGCCGCCUUGUGUUCCUUUUGGGGAGAGGAUGAUGAGUAAAAGAGAGAAGAACAGGAUUAAGUGUCUGAGGAGGAGGCAGAGGAGAAGGGAGAGGUGGAGACAAAGUCAACUGCAGGAGAGCAGACAGAGUUCAACAGGGAACCCAUCCAGCAGCAGCAGCGAGGAUGAGGAGGACGUGAGCACCGGGGACAGAGAAGGAUACAUCUGUGCAGUGUGUUUGGAUGUAUACUUCAGCCCUUACAUGUGUCAUCCCUGCAACCACAUCUUCUGUGAACCCUGUCUGAGGACACUGGCUAAGAACAGCCCGACCAACACCCCCUGCCCCCUCUGCAGAACAAUCAUCACACAUGUCUUCUUCCAGAAGGAGCUCAAUCAAACAGCAAGGACAUUCUUCCCAAAGGAAUACCUUUCCCGGAAACAGAACUUCCAGAAAGCCAGUUGUGCUAAGUGGCCUCUGCCGAGCUGCCGAAAACUCUUCCGUAUCUUUGGAGGCUUCCAGAGGCAGUCCAGUCCCAUUGCUAGACGCCAGUUCCCCCAUGGAGGAGGCUACCGUCUGGAUGCUAUGGACUUUGAGGAUGACUCUCGAGGCUGGCAUUUUGACAUGGAUAUGGUCAUCAUCUACAUCUACUCAGUCAACUGGGUUAUUGGCUUCUUCAUAUUCUGCUUCCUUUGCUACCUUUUCUUCCCUUCUUUUUGACAGUCAACAAUGAUGGAGCAACAUAGAAAGAGCAACGGUUUAAUAUAUAUAUAUAUAUACACAUAUAUAUACAACAGUGUGCCAGCUUGUUGUCUUUCAUGAAUAAAUGAUUGAAACAGGGAAUUGUAAGGAUGUUUUGGAAUCCAGUAGUCUCUGUUCUCUGUCUCCACAUGAUGCAAAUGUAAUGUGGGUUGCACAAAAUGCCCUGUAUAGAGGGGAGUUAAUAUACCAGCUCCAAGAACAUAACAUUUCAGUACUACCACAGGUAUUGCAUAUUCCCAUGAUAAUAAAAAAACAGAGAAAUAACAUGAGUGAGCUCUUUUUGGGUGGAUUUUCAUGUUUAUGCAUCCUCAGAAAACUUAAUUAAAUGAAAGAUUUGCUCUGGUAUGGGUUGAGACCAUUUGUUUUAUGAACCUUUCUGUUCCAAUUUGCCACCAUACACCAUAUCCUUGCUACUUAGACCUUUUUAAUUGGCACUUGCAUUAAACUAUGGAGUAUGUCUUGCUAGAUGUUUUCAUUUGCUGUUUUUUUUUCCACUGAGAAGGAAUUGUGUUUUGUUUGUUCUUAAGCACCCCCUGGAGGGAAUAAAUGUUUGGUUGUACUAGGUCACUGUACACAGAAACACAUACAUACAUACAUGUAUGUAGAUCCGGCUUGAAAUUUAAUUUGUAAAUUUUAAGUGAUUUCUAUUUUUGGUAAUGAAAUCAUGUAUUACAGCCAAAUAAAUAGAUUUUUUCCUGACACAGUUUUAUACCAAAUAUGCAAUUUCUUAACUUUCAUUUUCGGUAGUAUGUGGUGGGUUUUGAAUCUCUACGUAUGCCCAAUGCAAAUAUUGUUCUCUGCUUGGCACAACUGUACAAAAAUAAUAAAUUGGAAGUUAUUUAUAGG